AUGCAGUACCAGAUCCUUCUUGCAGCGGCUUUUGCUGCUCUCGCCUCCGCACAGACCAUUGUCACCUCAAGUGCAGCCUCGGUCGCAGCCUCAACCACUGAGUCGCAGGUGAUGCCUCCUGUGGCCACGGCUUCCUUCAACCCUGCUGAUGUUGACUCCUCCACUGCCUUCAACUGGUGCCAUGCUCAGCUGAACACUUGCCCCCAGAUUUGCGGUGGUUCUGCUUCACAAAACCAGUGUGAUCAGAACGCCUUUACCUACAUUUGCGUCUGCGCCAACGGCACCGUGCCUGACUGCACUGCCUUCAUUGAGACUCUUCCGUUUUACAUCUGUCAAGAAACCUACAUCCAGUGCAUCAACAACAACCCCAAUGAUGCCCAGGGACAGGCAACAUGCGCCUCGAACGAGCAAUGCGGCACCCGUAAUGCGACCGCCGAAGCCCUUGCGCAGACAUCUGCUGCCUCUGCUGCCUCUGCCUCGUCCACCUCUUCUGCUCCUGCGUCGUCGCAAUCCGCUUCCGCUUCCGCAGCCAGCUCUGCAUCGGCCUCCGGCUCCAGCUCUGCCUCUGCUAGUGCAUCCAGUGCUUCUGCCACAGGCGGUGCAGCCACUGGCGUAUCUCAGCAGAUUGCGACUGGUGCCUUUGCGGCUGUCCUCAUGGCCGUUUUCAAGCUGCUGGUUUAA